AUUUUGAUAUACGUGAAGUUAGUUGUUGCAGGUAUAUUUGUUUGUAUCGGUUAUUGAGAUUUGUACUGAUUUUAACAAGUUGUCAAUAAUUUAAAGCAAAAGUGACCAAACUUCAGUUUCACAUAUUUUAUUUGUCUCUUACAAUUGACAUAUUUAUGGAGAAUUGCAUGUCUGAUGCAAUAAUCUUGUGAUAAAUGAUACCUUAAGAAAAUGUGACGUGUAGAGUGCCACAAGGAUUAAAGAAUUUGAUACCACCUCUUAUAGUUCAAUAAAGAUCAUGGAGAAGUCACAGAAAAUGCCGAAAGUGGCGAAGGUUAAAAAUAAGGCGCCUGCGGAAAUACAAAUCACCGCUGAGCAACUGCUGCGUGAAGCUAAAGAGCGUGACUUGGAGAUCCUACCGCCGCCGCCAAAACAAAAGAUCUCGGAUCCACAUGAGCUUGCUGAUUAUCAACACCGCAAGCGUAAAGCAUUUGAGGACAUUAUUCGUAAGAAUCGCAUGAUUAUCACCAAUUGGAUGAAAUAUGCUCAAUGGGAGGAGAGUCAAAAGCAGAUUCAACGGGCGAGAUCCAUUUAUGAACGAGCGUUGGAAGUGGACCAUCGGAAUAUAGCACUAUGGCUUAAGUACACUGAGAUGGAGAUGCGCAACCGGCAGGUGAAUCACGCCAGGAAUCUAUGGGAUCGUGCAGUUACUUUGCUCCCGCGGGCCAAUCAAUUCUGGUACAAGUACACAUACAUGGAGGAAACUUUGGAGAAUAUUGCCGGCGCGCGUCAAGUAUUUGAGCGAUGGAUGGAGUGGGAACCAGACGAGCAAGCCUGGCAAACGUAUAUUAAAUUUGAGCUGCGCUAUAAGGAAACUGAGCGGGCUCGACAAAUUUAUGAGCGCUUUGUGAUGGUUCAUCCCGACGUGAAACACUGGAUAAAGUACGCACGCUUCGAAGAAUCGUACGGAUUCAUCAGGGGCGCGCGAGCCGUGUACGAACGAGCCGUGAAUUUUUACGGGGACGAAGGUCUAGAUGAGAAGUUAUUCCUGGCCUUCGCCAAAUUCGAGGAAGGCCAGCGGGAACACGAUCGGGCCCGAAUAAUCUACAAGUAUGCUUUGGACCACAUACCGAAGAGUAACACUCAAGAAAUUUACAAGGCGUACACGAUUCACGAGAAGAAGUAUGGCGAUCGUUCGGGCAUCGAGGAUGUCAUAGUUAGCAAAAGGAAGCAUCAGUACGAGCAAGAAGUGAAGGAGAAUCCCUCAAACUACGAUGCGUGGUUUGAUUACUUGAGAUUGGUGGAAUCCGAGGGUAACGUCGACGUGAUUCGCGAGACGUACGAGCGAGCGAUCGCCAACGUGCCGCCCACGAAAGAGAAGCAAUUUUGGCGAAGAUACAUCUAUUUGUGGAUUAAGUACGCUCUUUUUGAGGAACUGGAGGCCAAGGAUGUCGAGCGAUGCCGGCAAGUGUACAAGGUAUGCUUGGAGCUCAUACCGCAUAAGCGUUUUACCUUUUCGAAGAUCUGGCUGCUCUACGCUAACUUUGAGAUACGACAGAAGAAUUUGGGCAAGGCGAGAAAAAUGUUGGGUUUAGCUUUGGGAAUCUGCCCAACGGAUAAGCUGUAUCGAGGAUACAUUGAUUUGGAAAUACAGCUGGUGGAGUUUGAUCGGUGUCGCAAGCUGUACGAGAAGUUUCUCGAAUUCGGCUCGGAGAACUGCACCACAUGGAUGCGUUUCGCCGAAUUGGAGACGCGACUGGGCGAGAUCGAGCGAGCUCGAGCGAUAUACGAGUUCGCCGUUGCACGACCGAGGCUGGACAUGCCAGAGCUGUUGUGGAAAUCGUAUAUCGACUUCGAGAUUGCUCAGGGCGAAACAGAGAACGCCCGACAGCUGUUCGAGCGACUGCUAGAACGUACUUUGCAUGUCAAAGUCUGGAUAGCGUAUGCCAAGUUUGAGCUGUUGAAUCCGCAACUGGAGGAUAGCCCUGAUAAUGUCAUAUUAGCGAGGCGUAUCUUUGAACGUGGAAAUGAUGCGUUGAGAUCCAGCGGGGACACCGAGAGUCGCGUAUUGCUGUUGGAAGCUUGGAAAGACUUCGAGAGCGAGAAAGGCACUUCUGAAACUGUUGCCAAGAUCACGGAUAAGAUGCCGCGCAGAGUGAAGAAGAAGCGUCGCGUUGUCGAUGAAGACGGCAACGACGACGGCUGGGAAGAAGUCUACGACUUUGUAUUUCCAGAAGAUGAAGCGCAGAGGCCGAAUCUGAAGUUCUUGGCCUCCGCGAAAGCUUGGAAGGACAGUUUAAAUACAUGAAUGAAAAUUUUUUACCUAAUCAUAUAAGUAUUGUAUUAUAAUUUGUAUUAUAAAUAAAUAUAAAUAAAUGUAAA